CUCUAUACUCGGACAGAGUGAUAUCCAGAUAAAACCUUCUCAGCAGUAGGGGGUUGAGGAAAAAAAUAGAAUAAAGAAAACGGCAGGAGAAGCUUAAGUUUAUACAUUCACCUUGGCAACCCUAUCACGAGAGUAACGUGUGCCCCCUCCAUUUUGUUUCACAUAUAUAGCACCAAACCCAACACUUCUCUCUUUUGUUAAUUCUCUUUUCUUCUCCUUCUUCCAUCUUCCCUUAAAACCCUAGGUCUCCUCAUAUACAUAUAUAUUUUAUAUGGCUGAGCCACAAUGUGAUGCCACGUUGACAGAUACACGGAGGAAGGGCAUCGGUAAGCGUGCAUCAUCCAUGCCGGUGGAAUCUCAUCAGUCGUCGAUCGGUGAACAACCGGCACCGGUAGUAGCAGCUGCAGCACCAUGCGGUGCAUGCAAGUUCUUGAGGAGGAAAUGCAUUAGUGGGUGCAUAUUUGCACCCCACUUUGGUUCAGACCAGGGUGCAGCCCGGUUUGCCGCGGUGCAUAAGGUGUUUGGUGCUAGUAACGUAUCGAAGUUGUUGUUGCAUAUUCCGGUUAACCGGAGACAUGAAGCGGUUGUUACAAUAUCUUACGAGGCUCAAGCAAGACUCUCUGAUCCGGUUUAUGGUUGUGUGUCCACCAUUCUUGCUUUGCAACAACAGGUGGCGUCAUUGCAAGCUGAGCUUGCAAUGGUUCAAACUCAACUAAUAAACAGUAGGUUUGCAAUGGCAAAUGUUCUUCAAAACUCACACCACCACCACCACCAGCAGCAGCAGCAGCAGCAGCAACACCACCACCAACACGAUCAACAGGUUGUUAUGCUUCAACCAGCCUACUCUAACAACUCCUCAGCUUCUACUAACUUUAUCAACGUCAGCAGUUUCCCUUCCAACUUUGACCUUGUCACAGCUGACACAGCUCCAUCUUCUCAUAGCUUAUUGGAGCCUCUUCAGCUUUCGCACCAACCCCAUGAAGACGAAGAAGAUGAAGAAGAGAGUCGAAUUCCGGUCAUUUUCCCCGAUGAAAUACUUCACCGGAGAUAAUUCUUAGGAGUUACUUACUAUCAACAAAUCUUAAUUACCUUCCAAUAACUUCUAUUAAUUACAAUCUAUUUAUAUGUAUUAUAAGCUCAGUAUUAGUUAGUACUUUUCAUUUGAACUCUUGCCCGUAAUAUAGACUUUUACCAUAUAAUACUA